AUGGCUCCCAUGGUAACGAGGAACUUGCCUUGUCUCUCAAGGGCGCGGUUUGCCUUGUCUUUCAAGGGCGCGGUCAUUGUCAAAGAGAUCCGACCCAAAGGAUUGCCAGACAGGCCAACUCCGCCACAGACAUCGCCAGCUUCACUCAAGCGUAAGAGGUCGGAUCACGAUGACCCCCGGGUCAACCUGAAACGGGAUACAGUCACGCACGGAUCCGACUGUACAGAACUCGAACAGACUGGCCAGGUGAAGAUUCACAUCGACCUAACUUGUGAAAGGCUUCUGUAUGGCGUCCAGGAUCACCUCAGCCAUGCUAUUGCCAGUCUUGCACACGACGGUGUAGCUCAUUCGCUGCGAGAGAAGGUUGGGACAAACCGAGUCCUUAAUCUGGAAGCUGCGGCCUCGAUCAUGGCACAGAAUACCGACGGAAUCUGUAUCAUAUAUAGGCUGUUAGACGUCCUAGAAGGCUUACGAAGCGAGGUCUCAGCGCUCACAGCAAGACAGGACGAAUUUCGACAGCUGGAUGUGAUUGGUAAAAUCAAUUCUAGUAUUGAUCUCGCAGCAGAUCGCAUCUGCAAAGCCAUCACCGAAUUCGAGCGCUUCCCUGGGGCUGUCCGUGAUCGUCUCUGCAACCAGUUAGCUUCAGCACUCAGCAAAGAUCAGCCAGACGAAGCCGAUAUCAUCAGGCCAGAAGUAACGGUCGGACAAUAUGCAGUGUCUGAAAUGGACGAAACAAUCACCCGAAUCCAGAAGGAUUGGGCCAAGGAGGUCGAAUCACAUCAAGCCAAAGUCUGGAAUGGCCUAAUUCAACACGUCGAAGCUUCCCUACCAGACGCCGAUGCACGCUAUCGCCAAGCCUACAUUCUUACCGCCGCUCCCUUCCAGUCAUCUUCCUGGCCUAUGAUGACACAGCCGAGACCGACAUCCCCUCUGGCACCUCCAUCGUCUCUGAAGCGUAAAAGGUCAAGCGAUGAUCCACGUAUUCUCUUGAAAGAGGACAUCGCUCUGGAUCUCGCCCGAGAUCUCGCCCGAAAGAUCAAGAUUCACGUUGAAAUCGCUGGGGAGAGGCUCCUGCGUUUCACUCAGGAUCACCUCAGUCAUUCUUUGGCGAGCCUGGCUAACGUCGGUGUAGCUCAUCUGCUGCGGGACAAGAUCGGAACCAACCGAAUUCUUGCGCUCGAGGCGGCCGCGUCGAUUAUGGCACAAAGACCCGAGGAGGCGGCGAGCAGAGAAAAUGUGAUGGCGGACUCGAAGCGAUUGAUUGAGGUUGGAGAACAAGCUAGGUUCAAGGAGUAUCAAGGUCUUUGCGACAAGAUCUGUUUAGCAGCAUCGUCUGUGAUCGAAAAGCAGCCGUCUGCGAGCCAAGUCUUUCUACAGGCUGUGGCUAUGGAUGAAAGGCUGAGCAGCCAAGCUGGAGUUUGCGGGAUCGACUUCAUCGUGCGCGCGCCAAAGGCGCCCCCUCGCUCCCAAACGUCCAACCCGGUACCGAGGUGGGACGAGGUGGGUCGAGAUUGGCGGCCCCGGAGCCGAGGUGAAAGACAGUGUGGAAAGGCGAGCUAUUGCAAUGGGCAAUGCAUGGUACCAAAGAACGUGGUGUCUGCGGGAUCGACUUCACAGCAGUCAUCGCCGAGCUUGGCGCGCCAGCGCCUCGUUUCGAGGGGGUUCGAGCUGCCGGGGCCCACGGUCGCCCCGACGGUAAUGCGACAUAAUGACAGUCCAACUCUUUCAGUCCAACCUUCUCACCGGUGGCCGGUGGCCAUGGGAAGAACCACUCUUGAAUUUGGAUUUUUCCAACUCCCUCAUCGUUCACACAACUGUAUGUCGUCUCACGUCACCAAUCACUCGGUGCUACUCGACAAACUUCACUGCAUAUCCCCGCAUACCACGCAAAUGUCACCGAUACGCCCACAACAUUGCAACUCCACCAUGAACUGUUCUUCUGGGAACACAUCGCUGUGGAUAAAUACAAAUUCUCCUAUCGCAAUUCGAGUGCGGAAAGCCCAAAGUCCGGCGACGCCUUCGGUGGUACAACCCGACUUGCACGCAUGUGAUUGCAAACGAAGAUGCAUCUUAACGAAUCAUGCUUUCGAUCCGCUUGAUCACGACAUCGAUUCCAAAGGAGGGGUCCUGACCUCGCCCGGCCCUCCUUUGACCCUCCUUUGGGGUCAAGGCCCCCCUCUAGCGAGGGCAAGCCCGAUUCCAGGGUCGUGGAACAAAAGGUGGUACGAUGGUAAGUACGGAGCUGGGGAGCCGGGGAGCUGCAUGAGCAGAUACCUCUCCCGAUCCCUCGUCAGUCUCGUUUCAAGUUUCAUGAACACACCAAAAUCUUCAAAUUCGUCUGAACCCCAUACAAUGAAUGCCUUGAUUCGAUACGUCAAGAGAUAUAUACACCAGUCAUUGUGCCUCUCAUACCAUGCCAGAAACGGCUAUCAAGAGAAGCCCGACCAUUAUCUUGCCAUCGCCGCUCUUGUGGGUAUCCACCAGCCUGUGACGCAUCGCCAGUCCCUACAUCCGGAUCUAACUGGGGACUUCCAUGACCUCUCCCAUCAGUAUCCCGCACCGGCGACGCUGGAUCUUCGACAGGAAGGGCGAGAGUAUUAUGUACUCCACACUCACGCGUGGAAUAUUCCGAGUCGAAUCAUGGAUCAUGCACAAUUCGCUGACUGCUCGGCUUCGACCGGAGCGAACCCCUCAGUUCAAGAGUAUGCAGGUAUUCCGCAAGAGGCUGGUGGCAGCAGGAAUCUACAACUCCCUACCGAUCCAUCAGCAAUGACUAUCGAUCCCAAUGAGCAGAUUGCUCUUAAAUUCAACGCCAACACCAUAAUCGACUCGAUCGAUCUGAUCACGUCCGAUCAGAUGGACAGAGCCAGCGUCAAGUCGAAGGAUAUGACCGCGGCCAGAUUCAGAAACGCGCUGCGAAACAACUACGGCGACGCCGCAGGCGAUCUUCCUCUUCAAGCGAUUUACAAUGGAUCGGCAGGGAAGAGUGCUUUAGUUUCGAUGCUGACAGGGAUCAAGUUGGAGAGUUCGAUCAAAGCCACUACCCGUCACAUAGGAACGACGAGUCCUGUCAAAAGGAUUGUUAUCAUCGGAAGCCAUUCUGCUGGGAAGAGCGCUCUCGUCUCCAUGCUCAUAGGAGUCCAGGUUGAGAGUUCCAUCAAGGCCACUACCCGUCGCACAGUAUUUCGAUUUACCAAGGGAGAGGAACAGGGAGGCUAUAGACUCUGGACCGAGUUUGUAGAAGAUGUGAACGAGAAACCCUUGCCUGAUCUCAAGAAAGGGGAUGAGGAGUUCUGUAAAAGGGCUGAAAUGCCCUCCAGGCCCCCAGGGUACCACACUUCCAUGGGCUCGUGUUGCGACCCGAACUCGACGAUUUGGCAGAGUGUCUGGACACCGAAGAUAUCUCCAGCGACAAAAAUCUGGCCGAUAUCGACUCGUCAUACCUUCAGUGAUCACGCCCGAGUCCGCAUCGCCUCUACUGUACUAUCCCAAGGGAUCACAUCACAUCUCGCCUCUCCAUCCACUUAA